AUGACCGGAGUGGACGAAAUACUAAAUUAUCAAAAGAAUCCUGAUGAUGAUUUCUAUGGUUUACUCGGAUGUGAUGAGAGUUCAACUGUAGAACAGAUAACUGCUGAGUAUAAAGUACUGGCUUUGCAAUAUCAUCCUGAUAAAAAUGCUGGUGAUAAAGAUGCUGAAGCAAAAUUCCAAAAACUAAAAGAGGCAAAGGAAACUCUUUGUGAUCCGAUGAAGAGGGCCUUGUAUGAUAAAUGGAAGCAGAGCGGUAUUUCAAUGGGUUAUAAACAGUGGCUGGGUAUGAAAGAUCAUGUCCAGCAGUCCAUGCAUUGGUCCAAACCCAACACUAAGGACCGUAUGUUGGAAGAUGAGUCCGGCCGUUCCUCGGGGCCAUCCAGCUUGGGCCCGACUAAUGCAGCUGCUCGUCGCGCCUCUGAGGGCGGAGCUGCUCUAUGGGGACGUUGGGGCGCCAAUCAAGAGCCCCCAUCUGAGGUCAUCUCCAAGUUCCGCAACUAUGAGAUCUAA